AUGAAGCUGUUUAUCACCAGUACCCCUCAUCUUGUCAUCGCGAUUGGGUUGGCCGGGCACUUCGCUUCGAACGCAGAGGCGUCGCGAAGCUACGUGUCGAAGCUACCAAACGGCUCCAAAGUACCGGGUGCAUCGGCGAUCGGGCACACCGACGGCACAGGAGAGGACGGAGCUACGAACGCAUUUGGCGACGCCUUUGCUGAGGCCGACUACACUUGGACCAAGACGCUCUGCAUGGCGGAUUCUGACGGAGACGGCCAAACAAAUGGCCAGGAGCUUGGAGACCCUUGCUGCCAGUGGGUCAAGACCACGAACCCUGUAGUGCUUUGGAGCACCGGCGUUUCGAACCCGGGAGAUGCAUCUAAGACUUCCGAACCGAGUUUGUGGGCUAAUGUGCCGUGCGGCUCGACAAGUGCCCCGUCGACAAGCGCCCCCAGCACAACGAGCCCUCCUGUUACGACAACAUCGCCAGCAACAACAUCUCCCGCAAUUGUCACGACGGCCCCACCAGCGACGACUCGUCCACCAACAACCACUAGUCCGCCGGCAACGACAGUCCCGCCUUCGACAACUUCGCCUCCGGCGACGACCAGCCCACCGACCGGUCUCGCCUCACGCGGCGUGCCUGCGAGCUCAGCCAAGCGUUGA